CUUUGGGAUGCUUCGUUUGCAUGAGGGCGCUAUAAAUAAAAGAGCCCAGAACUGCGGCUAUAUGCUCGUGGUUGUUCGUUUUGCAGUGUAGAGGCUUGAGUGUUUUGCGACUGAAGGAUGCCCGAACCAGCAAAGUCUGCGCCUGUUCCCAAGAAGGGGUCGAAAAAGGCUAUUACCAAGACCCAGAAGAAGGGGGACAAGAAGCGCAAGAAGAGCAGGAAGGAGAGCUACUCCAUCUACGUCUACAAGGUGCUGAAGCAGGUCCACCCCGACACCGGCAUCUCCUCCAAGGCCAUGAGCAUCAUGAACUCCUUCGUCAACGACAUCUUCGAGCGCAUCGCCGCCGAGGCCUCCCGCCUGGCCCACUACAACAAGCGCUCCACCAUCACUUCCCGGGAGAUCCAGACGGCCGUGCGCCUCUUGCUGCCGGGAGAGUUGGCCAAGCACGCUGUGUCUGAAGGCACCAAGGCGGUCACCAAGUACACCAGCUCCAAGUAAAUUUCUCCCCGAGAAGACAGUUCAAAACCCAAAGGCUCUUUUAAGAGCCACCCACUUUCUCAGUAAAAGAGCUGCUAAUAUUCCUAAAUAAACCUAAGUAUGAUAUUCUAUUA